UUAUUGGGCGAUUUCUGACUCAGAAACAGCCGAACCGAGAUGGGCAGGAAGGAAAGAGGCAAUGAGCUAAGGGAAAAGAGAAUGCAAGAGAUAUCCCUCACCAGGACCAUUCCUUAUUCCGAUCACCAGAGGUGGUGGUCUACAGAAACCAUUGCCGUGGUUACUGGUGGCAAUAGAGGAAUUGGAUUUGAGGUUUCAAGACAAUUUGCAAUGCAUGGAAUGACCGUCAUCUUGACUUCAAGAGAUGUUUGUGUUGGCCUUGAAGCAGCUAAGGUCUUACAGGAAGGUGGCCUCAAUGUUGCCUUCCAUCAGCUGGAUGUCUUGGAUGCUUUAUCCAUCAAACAGUUCGCUGAUUGGCUACUACAAAACUAUGGUGGUUUGGAUAUUCUGAUUAAUAAUGCUGGAGUGAAUUUCAAUCUUGGGUCUAGUAAUUCUGUAGAGUAUGCCCAGAUGGUUAUUGCAACUAACUAUUAUGGCACCAAAAAUAUGACUCAAGCAAUGGUCCCCUUGAUGAAACCUUCGUCUGCUGGUGCUCGCAUCGUGAAUGUGAGCUCAAGGUUGGCCAAGCUGAACGGCAGGCGGAAUAGAGUGGAAAAUGUAGCAUUUAGAGAACUACUCGGCAAUUUGGAUACUCUGACAGAAGAAGUAAUUGAUAGGAUUGUGUCUACAUUUUUGGAACAAGUAGAAGAUGGAAGUUGGGAAACUGGGGGGUGGCCUCAGUUAUCAACCGACUACUCUGUAUCAAAACUCGCAGUGAAUGCAUACACCAGGUUAAUGGCUAAAAUAUUGGGGGACCGACCCGAGGGUCAUAAGAUUUAUGUGAACUGUUACUGCCCUGGUUGGGUGAAAACUGCUAUGACAGGGUUCGCUGGCAAUAUUUCAGCAGAGGAAGGGGCUGACACUGGCGUCUGGCUUGCCUUACUUCCAGAUCAGGCAGUCACAGGUAAGUUUUUUGCAGAGCGACGGGAGAUAAGCUUCUGAGAGAGCAGAUAGUCUCAAGGUAGA